UCCAUGCGCGCGCGCCCGUAGCCACGCCCCCUGCCGGAGCGGGCCCAGAAGCGCGCGGAGCCGGGCCAUGAGCGGGCCGUCCGCGGAGGCGCUGGAGGGGUUCCUGGCGCAGCAUCCGUCCCUGCGCGUCCUCCCGCCGGGGAACCGGGUGCUGUGCACGUUGACUGGUCACGAGCUGCCAUGCCAGUUGGCUGCCCUCCAAGCCUACACUUCCAGCAAAAAAUACCUGCGGCUGAACAAGGUCCCCGGAGCCUGGGACUACCAGCAAUAUGAGCCCCACAUUGUGCCGAGCACCAAGAACCGACAUCAGCUGUUCUGCAAGCUCACCCUCCGGCACUUCAACAGAACUCCAGAACAAGUCCUGCAUCAUGUCCGAGGGCAGCGGUAUCAGAAGGCUUUGAAGAGAUAUGAAGAAUGCCAGAAGGCGGGUGUGGAGUAUGUCCCGGCCUGCCUGCUCCAGAGGCGGCGCCGGCAGUGGCGGCGGCAGCAGCAGCAACAGGACCAGCAGCCAAACUGCAGCCGGCAGCCCUGCCAGAAGGAGGAGUUCUGGGAGCCUCUGCCCAGUGACGAGGGUGGUGAGGAAACAGACGACAGCAUGACCGACCUGUACCCGCCCGAGCUGUUUCCAGAAAGAAGUCCAGCCAGAAAGGAGGGCGGCGAUGAAUUCAUGACGGACAGUGACGAAGAGGUAGCCAAGCCAGCCCUGGAGGGCGGCAAGGGAAAUGAGGCUGUGGCUGCCAGUUCAGUGGUGGGGGGCAAACGAGGAAAGAAGCAAGCAGGCAACUCCCUCAAGAAGAAGCUCAAAAGUCGGCACAGAAAAUCUAAGAGCUUUCACAAAACGGUGAAUGGGAAUGAUGCCAUGUGACCAUCUUGAGGUUGCACCUGUGAUUUCCUUCAAAAACAUUAAAUGCCACUUAUACUCUUUUCAUGUGCAGUUAAUAGAUACCUUGCAUAGGAGCCCAGAUAAUAUAUG